AUGGAUGUGAAGGGCCUUACACUUCGAAGCAAGGCCUCUCGGCGUCGCCCCAAGAUCAGUGCUCCUCAGCCUAUUGCUAGCCACAACUCCGCAGCGCCGGUAGCAGCAGGACGGACCCCAGAAGCAAGACACCACGCGCAGCCCAGUGAUGCUACUGCGGAUCUAGUCAAACGAAGAUAUUCUGCAAAGUUCAAUACCCUUCCCGGUAUUGACUCGGAAGCUCCUCCAGUCCCCAGCCUUCCAGGCGGACCGAUAGAACACUUUGCUGCUGAUAGAGAGCCUACCGGCGAUGCACAGCCAAUUCGCGUGGAUGUGAACGCAUUGAGAAACCCAAACUUGCCAAUUGAAAGCUAUGUGACAGGACUCUUAGAACAUGCCUCGGAACAGGAGAUACGAGACUAUCAGAGUGACCUGCGGAAGUUAAAGAACAAAACCUCCUCUGAUCUACAGCAGAGUGUAUAUCAGAACCGCACUCAGUUCAUUAAGAUCAGUAAGGAAGCUGAAAAGCUGAGGGAAGAGAUGAGCACCCUGCGAGGCCUGAUGUCGGAGCUUACCACCACUCUGGGCCAGGCGAAUGCAACAAAUGGAACGAAUGGCGCGCAGCCAGGAUUCGAGGAUACGACUACCAGAAGACAUGCGCAUCGUAGCUCCAUCGCUAACCUUGAGAGUAUGUGGAAUACCCAGCUGCAACAGUUAUGGAAAAAUGUCGAGCGGUCUCAAAAGUACCUUCCAGCAAUACCCGGCCGACACAUAGUCAUGGAAUCGAGCCAAUGGGUUGAACUUGACUCUGCCACCUGGAAGCCGAAACGCCCGGUUCACAUCGUCCUUCUUAAUGAUCAUUUACUCAUCGCUGCGAAGAAACGAAAGCGUGUCGACCCCAAUACGGCUAAUGGGAAAUCCGUUUCUGUUCCAACAAAGCUAGUAGCAGAAGAAUGCUGGCCACUACAAGACAUUGAUGUGAUUGAUCUUGGGUCUGGUUUGGAUUCGGGUGAAGACAUGGAUGAACGUGGUGUGCCAAACGCCGUUAAUAUUCGAUACGGUCAGAGCUCCUUUACCUAUCGUCACGACCAGCGAAACAACAGGGUUAAAAAUGAGCUGGUUAUGACUUUUCGUAAGACACUGGAGGAGCUUCGUAAAAGUCUAAAAUCAGAAGCGGAGGUUGCUGCUAAAUCCCGGGAAGCACUAAUAAAUAGCAGCCAGCCUGCCUCUCGCCGGCACUCCGAAUUUCUGGAUACCAUGGAUCCCCGCGAUAAGUUAGAAGUCUUGAUUGAUGUCGACGGGAAGCAACAAAAUAUGAGAUGGGUGGAAGGGCAACUUGACGAACUUGAUAUUGACAUCGCCAUCCAGGUGUUUGAAACCGCGGUUUGUCGCGUUGAGAAGCUUCGGAAGCUUGCCAAAGGGCUGAAAGGAAACCAAACUGCCCAAGACGCGAUUAACUCCGGAGUAGAUUCCAGAGCAAGUAAACUUGCUGAAAUCCUCCUACGUGCCCUUGUCGAUACCAACUCGUUCAUGAAUGCUACCAAGACGAAUGUUGCCUGGUUAACUCGGCUAGGCUACGACGAUCGAGCUCGAGAGGCUUACCUCAAUGCCAGGAGCCAAAUUAUAACUAAGCGUGCCAGGCACUGCGUCUUUGAGGGAGACUUACUGCUGUACAUAUUUCAGAUUUCAUUUGUGUACUUCACCAUGAUAAAAAACACGAUCGCCAUCUAUCAACAAUGUUUCCCAUCCCCCAUGUCCAGUGCCAGCAUUAAGUGGGGGAAAGACCAUUUGGAUGACUUUAACGCCACAUUAAGCCGCCAGCUUAGCAGUGUCGAGCCGAGCAACCCCGUGUGGGGGAAAUGCAUGGAAAUAGUAUAUCAGCAUGCUGAUUCACUUUCAGAGGUUGGAGUGGAUUUCAAAGAUAUGAUUCGUGUCGAAGGCCUCAUCGUCAGAUCUCCCGACGGCACACCAGCAGAGUCAUAG